AUGAUCAAAAGACUGGAAAAGUACGAUUGUUCUCCAUUUAUCGUCAUAAUGAAUUUUCACGAAGUGUUGGAGUAUUAUCGACUUCAACUUGUGACCGCUUUCGAAGAGGCUUUGCUCAAGCUUGAAGUUGAUUGGAAUACAGCUUACAUCGAGAAGUUAAACAAGACCGACCCUGCCACAACUGCCGACAAAAGCCUACCAGAUCUCCCUGACUCGACUUUAUUUAGGGAAAGCCCUUUCUUAAAAUUUCAAAGUCACGUCGAUGUGAUGUUUAAACACCUCAACGAAUUUGCUACAUGCCAACAACUGAUGAUAUUGCUAUUAGGAUGCAUGGACGUAAAGAUGAAUACAUUGAAAACUGGUUCUGAGACGGAGGACAAUUACAUUCCUGCCAAGUCGAACUCGACCGUGGAGCCAUCCCCUAAAAUGCGGAGCAAAUCUCGGUUUGAGCCUACCAAAUACGAUCAUAGACAGCUGGGUAAUCGGAGUUUGAAUGAAAACAAGAUUCAUCAAAGAAUUCUAUUCUACAAUGAUUUUCUCAUUAAUAGCCACUAUAACUUGGAUAAUAAGGACGAAGCUAGCAAGAAUUGUGACAGAGUUGUGGCCGUCGCUAAAGCUGAUAAGGAGAAUGUGGCUGGAAAUAUCAUGGAACCGGUGUACUUCGAUUUUAUGGAUCUGGGGGACGCUGAGAAUAACAAAAAUGCCUCCUGGCUAAUAGACUUGCUGCAUUCCGAGGAAGAGCCAUUGAGCUCCUUCCUUGAGGAGUCAAUUGUCAUUACACAGCAGCAAUUAAGACCAUCAUCUGAGAGACAGAAUAAGCGGCCCAAAAUGACUAAUGACUUUCCCUCUUCACCAGUCAAGUAUAGUGACCCAACACAAUACAGUUCAAAUUCGGUCGAAUCACCUAGUUUGAUGCAAGAUUCUGUAAUUGAGGGAUCAGAUGUGGAGCUGACGGGAACCGUUUUCGAUGAAAUUUAG